AUGACACAUAUCCUACCUUCAAGUUUUGUUGUGCUACUUGUAUUACUACCAUCAUCACUUGCUCAAUCUUCGUCAUCUUCAAUCGAAAUUCAGCACACCUUCCAGCAAUGUCUUUCUUCAACAAUCCAAACCCACUACACUACUACUUUCUACACCCCAAACAACCCAAACUUCACAACUCUCCUCAAUUCCACUGCUGAAAAUCUUCGCUUCACAACCCCUUCAACUCCCAAGCCAAAAGCUAUUUUCACCCCAUUGAACAAAAACCAUAUCCAAACCGCAGUUAUUUGUGCUAAAAAACUCAACAUACAGCUCCGGUUCAGAAGUGGGGGCCAUGAUUAUGAAGGGGUCUCUUACACGUCUGUUAUGAACCUCCCGUUCAUCGUCAUUGACAUGUCAAAAUUACGUGCCAUUAAGGUUAACCUUGAGGAUAAUUCCGUUUGGGUUGAGGCCGGUGCAACCAUUGGUGAACUAUAUUACCGAGUUGCUCAGGAAAGCAAAACUCAUGGGGUUGCGGCUGGGAUCUUCACAAGCCUCGGAAUUGGUGGGCAUAUCACAGGUGGUGCAUAUGGGUCCAUGUUGAGAAAAUACGGGCUAGGAGUUGAUAACGCGCUAGAUACUGUGAUCAUAAACGCUAAAGGAAAGAUCCUAGACAGAAAAACCAUGGGAGAGGACGUCUUCUGGGCGAUUAGAGGAGGCGGAGGGGGCAGCUACGGAGUCAUAGUUUCAUGGAAACUGAGACUCGUACCCGUCCCUGGAACUGUCACAGUUUUCAAUGUCCCAAGAACAUUGGAACAAGGUGCCAUCAAGAUUCUUGACAAAUGGCAACAAGUGGGUCAUAAAUUAGAUGAAGAUCUGUUUCUCAGAGUCAUUACCACAGCUACUAAUAUAACCGGUACUACAAAUAAAAGAACCAUAACUACAACCUACAAUGCACUUUUCCUUGGAGAAACUGACCGACUACUUGAGAUCAUGAAACAUAGUUUUCCUGAAUUAAAUCUGCAUAAAUCCGAUUGUACUGAAAUGAGUUGGCUCGAGUCUGUGAUGUUCAUGUCCAGUUUCCCCAAUAAUGUCCCUACCACCUUCCUUCUCACAGGAAAACCAGCUUUCUUAUUCUACAUGAAAGCCAAAUCAGAUUUUGUCAGAACCCCAAUCCCAGAAACAGGAUUGAAAAUAAUUCUGGAAAAAUACUUGGCAACAGAGCUCGACAAUCUGCCAACGAUGCUAUGGACUCCAUACGGAGGAAUGAUGGAGAGGAUACCAGAAUCAUCAACACCAUUUCCUCACAGGAAUGGAGUUCUUUUCAUGAUUCAGUAUGUCAACGGUUGGGCAACAAGUGAUAAUGAAGUCAUGAAGAAGCAGUAUAAGUGGAUCAGGGAUGUUUAUGAGUACAUGGGUCAGUAUGUUUCAAAUGAUCCAAGAGAAGCGUAUAUGAAUUACAGAGACUUUGAUCUUGGAAUGAAUGACAAAAAUGCAAGUUUCGAGACGGCAAGAAGUUCAUGGGGAAGACGAUACUACAAAGAUGAUAAUUUCAUGAGGUUGGUGAAGAUCAAGACUAAGUUUGAUCCUGAUAACUUUUUUAGGCAUGAACAGAGCAUUCCAGUCCUGUCAUAA